AUGUCACCAAAUAAAGAUUCUAAAGAACCUAUAGAAUGGAUUGACUUUAUACUUGAAAUUAGCGGUGCUGGGAAACAAUUGGAACAAUUAUUAAAAAAUCCAGAAAUUAAAUAUUUUAAUCAAAAAAUUUGGCCAAUAAUUCAAAAGCUUAGGCAGAAAGAAGAGUUAUGGGAAAGAUUAGAGAAAAGUUUUAAUUAUAAACAGAGGAGAGAAUUGUCUGUUAAAGGAUUUGUUAAUUUGGAUAGAUGGCAAUUGGAAAUGUUUUUUGGUAAAGAAUUUAAAGAAAAUGAAUGGAUAAAUAAUUCUAAUAAUAGAUUAGAGGAAAAAAUAAAACUGUUAGCUAGUUUGGAAGAUAAAGAUGAAGAGAAUGAUUAUAAAAAUUAUUUGGGAGUGAAAAGGAGGAGGAGAAGUGAAUCUAAUAAUUUAAAAAGAGGCAUUAUUGAUGGUGGUGGCAGUUCUCAUGAAUUUCCAGAUCCAAUUGUUCCUUUGCCUCCCCUUCCUCUUCCUUUACCUCUUCCACCUCCUCUUCCUUUACCAGAACCUUUUCCUCCCCCACUACCCCCUCCCCCUCCCCUACCACUUCCAGAGCCUCUCCCACCUCUUCCUCCUCUUCCCCCUCCCCUUCCCUUACCUCAACCUACACCUGUUUUUAUCCCCGUUCGACCACCUCCCCCACCAUUCGGAGGCUCUACAGUAACUGGAGGUAUAGACAGCAAUGGAGAUCAAUUCUUAACUCCAUGGGGAAGAUCUCCCGAUACAGAAGUGAAUAUUGCUACGGUCCCGAGAAAUGUGCUUUUGUCUCCUUGGGCUUUUCAAAAUAGAUUUGGAGGUAUUUAUUUAUCUCCCUAUGCAUUUGCCUCAGAAAUCAUAUCACCAGAAGUGUUAACUUUAAAAGUCGCUUCUCCAUCAGCAUUUAUCGCUGCCAUACUUUCCCCCUUAGCUUUAACAGCAAGAAUUACUUCUCCCUCAGCCUUCCGUUCACAAAUUCUUUCACCUGAAGCUUUAUCUGCUUAUUUACUUUCUCCGGAUGUUUUUCUGGCAGAAAUAUUGUCUCCCGCUGUAAUGCAAACUAGAGUGCUUAGCCCUAAAGCUUUGUUUGUGCAAAUACUUUCACCAAGUAAAUUUGAUAAUUUUUUUUAUUUUUCUACUGGGAAGGGGUUAAAAUAA